CGCCCGGCUUGCUCCUCGCUCCCCGCCCCGUUGUCUUGAUCAUCCCAGCCGCCGCCGAUCAAGUCUGCUCCAAUCCCACCUGCCUCAGCACACCUGCCUCAGCACACCUGCCGUCAUGGCCACCAUCAGCACCGAUCUUGCCGGAAACAUGUCGAUCUCGGGCCUGGGUCCCGCGGUCGUCACCCUGUUCAUCUCGUCGGAAGCAGCGACUUCUGAGCGCCGCUUCAGCAAAUCCAUCACCAUCGCCAGCCUAAAGGAACGGCUGGAGCCCAUCACAGGAGUGCCUGCCUCCACCAUGAAGGUCUCGCUGUACUCCAAGAGCGACGAGUUUAUGGGUGUGCUCGACGACGAUUCCAAGAUGCUGGGCUUCUUCCCAGUCGUGGACUAUGCCCGUCUGCAGAUCACAGACCUGAAUCCCCACCGCGUCCGCGGCGAGUACACCGAUCUCUCUGCGGUGAAAAAGUUCGAGCUGACCGAGGACGAAUACAACAAGCGAUCGGACACUCUCCGCGACUACCUCAAGCGCAACAAGCUGCGACAAUACGCCGAGACGGCCUCUCAGCCCGAUGAAGCCGAUGCUGAGAACGAGUUCGAACACGAGGCCGCUGGAAUCUCUGUUGGCGACCGCUGCGAGGUCGUUACCGAGGAAGGGCUGACAAAGCGUGGGUCUGUCCAAUUCGUCGGCAAGACCCAAUUCAAGCCCGGGUACUGGGUCGGCAUUCAGUACGACGAGCCUUUGGGAAAGCACAACGGAACCGUCAAGGGUGUGCAGUACUUUUCCUGCCCCGACAAGUACGGUGCCUUCCUCAGACCCAACAAGGUCCAAGUUGGCGAUUACCCUGAAGAGGAUCUGUUUGGCGAUGAGCUGUGAGACCGGCAGCGACAUCGAUGUCAUGCUGUUGGAAGUGUGUGGCAGUGCAUAUGUGUGGCAGUGUCGGCGUGGUGCGCAGCAAGGUUGUGGCUUGGCCAAUCGGCUCGAUCCAGUCGGUUUCUUUGGAUGAAAAAAAUUGUUGUCUCUCCGA